AUGCUUGCUGAGGAAACUGAUUUGGUUACGCAUUUGCUGGCAGAUAAUCGUAAACUUCGACAGCUUUAUCUAGUUGAACAACGAAAAGCACUGUCAGAAAGGAAACGACGGAUUACAGCUGAAGCAAGACUUGCUGCCCUUCUUACCAAAGAAGUUAUAGAAAAGAAGGAACAAAAUUUAUCACACUGCUCACGUCUGGACCGUGAUUUAUCUAUUGCCGACAAAACACACAGAAGUUUACUGGAAAACGGUAGGAAUCCUAAUUCUACUGAUUCUUCUCAUCAAGGUCACACUGCUGUGUUAGUUAUGGACAAGAUUAGAAAAUAUCAAAGAAACUUUCCUACUUCUGUAAGUUUCAUCGAUUAUGCGGUCAAUUCAGUUCGUAAUGUGCAAGAUGCAGACAUUGCUGCAAGUGAUGAUAAAAUCAAUUUGUCACAUUCCGUGUCGUCUGGUGAGCAGUGUGCUGAUCCACUGGACAGUAAAGCAAACACCUCACAAUUAUCUUCUACUACAAAAUCACAACAUUCCGAGAAGUCAGGAUCGACGAGACUCAGUAGAUUUUGGUUAUUUAUUGACAGAAAUGGAGAGACGAAAUCAUCGGUACCUCCACCACUUAAUCAAAUACAGCAAAAGCGAAAGGAAGCAUUCAUAAGACGAAGUACCGAACGUCAAAUUCUUAUCCAAGAAGCAUCAAUGUGCCGUAAAGAACUUGCAGCUGCAAAACGUAAAGUUGCAAAACAGUUACUUGCUGGACAUACAGUAAAUCAAAAUGCUGUUCAGGUGCUUAGUUUAAUGGAUCGAGAAAUUUGCGCAUUCCCGCCUCAGGCGAUGGAGCACGAAACGAUCAGACGCAUUUCUAAAACGAGAGAAUUUCAAGAGAAAAAAAAGCGACGCCGCGAAGAGUAUGAUGCGCAUAUCAAUCGUCUUCUAGCUUAUUGCUAUAGUCAGGUGCCUUAUAGGUUUCACCGAAAGUACUAA